AUGCCUGUCGUUGCUGUCGCGGGAGGUACUGGCAAUGUCGGCCGCGCCAUUGUUGAAGCUAUUGUAGCUACAGGGAAAUAUGAGGUCGUGAUUCUUAGUCGGAAGUCAAAUCCGGAACGGUCUGCCGAACUGGGUGUGCCUAUUAUUCCAGUCGACUAUACUGAUGUUGACGCUUUGGCGAGAACUCUAGAGGACCGCAACAUCCAUACGGUCGUAUCAGCUUUGGUGAUGAUGCCUUCUCCCAAUGGAGAUCUUCCAAGAGAAGUCGAGUUGAUCCAAGCAGCCGACAAGUCGAGAGCCACUAAACGAUUCAUCUCUAGCGACUGGGGACUUCCUCAUACCGCCGAACAUAUCACGCAGCUCGUAUCCGUAAAGUUCAAACUCGAUGCCGAAAAAGCUCUUGAAAAUACGAAGGACCUUGAGACCACCAGGUUUCUAAACGGAUUCUUCCUAGACUAUUUCGGUCUUCCUAAAUUUCCGUCCCAUAUGCCGCCCACGACCAUGGUCUUGGACGUCGCGAACAAUGCGGCGGCCAUACCGGGCUCAGGGGACGUACCGGCAGUCUUCACUCACACGUCUGACGUAGCAAAAUUUGUCGCUGCAAGUCUGGAUCUAGACAACUGGGACCCUGUUCACUACGUCAUCGGCGACAGAGUCACAUGGAACGAGUUCCUGCACCUCGCAGAAGAGGCAAAAGGUACGAAGUUUAAAGUGGUAUACGACCCAAUCGAAAAGCUCCAGAGCGGAAAGGUGACCGAAUUGCCGGGCCACAUCGCGGCUUAUCCCUAUUUUCCAAAAGAGAUUUUGCAGAAGUUUGCCGCUACUUUCGCCCUGUGGUGGGCGACUGGAGCUUUUGACUUCAAGCCCAAGUCUACUCUCAAUGACCGCCUUCCGAGCCUCGGCACGCUCAAAGUGAAGGAGUUGCUAGACAGAGCUUGGAAGUAA